AUGGGCGCGGGUAAGAUCCAGAACGCACCGGACGCGAAGAAGUGGGUUCUCGAUACCACCAGCGAGACACAACUCAACGGGCAGGAUAUUCGCAAUGCGCUGCAGACGGCUAUCACGCUGGCGGAGUUCGAGAGCGAGGAAGAUCCGGAAUAUAAUGAGUCACUGGUGACGAUUGUCACUAAAGCCCAUUUCCAAAAGGUGCUAGAGAUGUCUAAUCGAUUCCGUAAAUAUUUGACGAGUAUUCGCAGUGAAGACGAGCAGAAGCGCGCUCAGGGGCGCGGGGAUCGGAAUGAUUAUGGGGCACGGGAUUGCUAA